UUCGCGCAUUUUGCCAUUGAGCGUUGGCCAGCGCGGAAGAUUUUUCCGCCUUGAACGCGUUUGAAACAGCAGUAAAUCAAAGCCAAAUAUAAAAUUUGUUACAGUACCAGUAAAAAAAAAUACAAGCAAAAAUAUAAUCCUAAAUCGAGUGCCAUAUUAAUAUAUAUCGUAUAUUUUGUCAAUGAAUUGUUCAAAACUAAAAGUUUUCCAUCAAAUCAAAAUUUUAUUGCCAACGAAAUCGACAAAAAGUGUCAAUUGAAUUAGCGCUUCACAAUUCCUCAAAAAAAAACAAGCCAAAUAAACCAGCAAAAAAAAAAAUCAAAGGAAGAGACUUGACCAAAGUGCAACAAGUGGUGGGCAUCCCAUAAACUGGGCCAACAUUAAGUAAAAGUUGUGAAAAACCAUAUAGAAAUAUAUUAUAAAUGUAUAUACUCAAUCAAGUGAUUUGUGACAGUUUAAGUGAAUUUCUUAAUAAUUAAUUGGCAACAGUUUUUCAAAUUAAAAGCAGCAAAAUAACACACGUUUUUCCCGUGAGAGAGAGACGGAGAGCAUUGAAAGGAAAACCACAUAAAGUAAGCAACUGAAAAGGAUACAAAAAACAGAAAAUCAACAACAAUAGUCCAAGAGCAUGGGAACAUGGCGUGCCCAUGUGUUACUACAUUAUUCCUGUCUGUGGCACCAAUCAAAUCGAGUCAAUUAAGAAAUUCACGAGCCAGAGAACAAUUUAAUUGAAAUUGUUUGUAUUAUAACGCGCAGCAUUUGUUGGGGGUCAAUUAGUUUGUGAGUUCACCGGUUGCUCCGGCGUUUAAGUCGCAAUUAUGUCCGAGUUUCGUUUCUUCUCGUACACGGACUAUGCCUUCACCACGAAUCGUUCGCAGAAUCUGGUUAAUCUGCCGUUCUCACCAUUCCACGCUGCAGCCACCACAAAAGAGGAGACAGUGUCCGAUAAUCCCAGCACCGAAUUGAACAUUCCCUAUACAGUCUUUGAGAUUUUAGUGGCCAUCGUUAGCAUAAUUGGCAAUGUCCUGGUGAUCAUAGUAUUCCGCCGGGAACGCAAACUGCGCCGCAGAACUAAUUACUAUAUUGUCUCGCUGGCCAUGGCUGAUUUCUUGGUGGGUUCACUGGGUGUGCCAUUUGCGAUAUUGGCUUCUAUUGGAUUGCCACACAAUCUGCAUGCCUGCCUCUUCACCGUCUCGCUGCUUGUGGUUCUGUGCACCAUAUCGAUAUUCUGCUUGGUCGCCGUCUCCGUGGAUCGUUACUGGGCGAUUCUCUACCCGAUGGCCUACUCUCGUAAUGUACGGACCCGGACAGCAAUAGUCAUCAUCUCCAUGUGCUGGGUAGCUGGCAGCAUUGUUGGAUUUUUGCCACUUUUUGGCUGGCAUGCCGAUGUGGGCCCAAAUCAGGAAUGCCUUUUCGUUGAAGUGAUGGAUUAUGACUAUCUGGUCUUUUUGUAUUUCGCCACAAUCAUAACACCAGCUCUGCUCAUGUUGGCAUUUUACACACACAUCUAUCGGGUAAUAAUUAAGCAGGUACGCCAAAUAGUGACAAUGAAUCCAGCCUCGGAUCUUAGCCGACGAUCCUCGACGGCUCCGAUGCAAGUGACUACUCCUGGAAGAGGAGGACAUACUGGGACUAUGCUACGUGUUCUGGGAGCUGCCCGCAAACGAGAUGUAAAGGCCACACAGAAUCUAUCGAUCAUUGUUCUAUUCUUUAUGAUAUGCUGGAUUCCAUUGUACACCAUUAAUUGCAUCAAGGCAUUCUGUCCCAAUUGCUAUGUACAUCCCAAGUUGACGCUCUUCUGUAUUAUACUCUCUCACCUGAACUCGGCGGUGAAUCCCGUGCUUUAUGCCUAUCACCUGAAGGACUUUCGUGCCGCAUUGAAGAAUCUUCUGUUGAAGAUGAUGGGAGUGGAUAUUGAUCAGCAGGCAGAUGCCAUUCAUCGCUUCUCAAUGGCCAGUCAGCAUCGCCUACAGUCCAUGGACUCCAACAUGCGCUCUACGCAGCCGCGCUUGUAUGUGGGUGAGUACUCUCCCAUCUGGCUAAGGCAACAGCAGGAGGCCUUAAAGAAUAAUCAGCUUCUGCCCAAGUGUGGCGUAGUCCAGCCAUGUUUCAAUAAUAUCAAUCAAACUGUGGCCGCUGUGGCUUCUGUUACCACCGAAAUGGAACGGGAGAUGUGGAACAUUAUGGAGGCAUCCAGUGGAGCUGAGGUGGGCGAAGUUAGCUACGAGUUUCCCCGCACCAAAAGGGAUAGCGAUCAUGAUAGCAGUAUAUCGAUUCCACCGCCAGCAAAUCCAACACUCACAGGUCAAGGACACAAGGAACCAGAACGUUGUGAUAGUGCUUUUUCGUAUGACAACCAGAACUACUCAAUUAGUGGAGAUGGCGAUGACGAUGAUGGCAACGAUGACGACGUGGAAUUUGAGGAUGUAUUUGUUCCGCCCACUGGCAACUAUCCAGGUGUAGAUCCUGUGGAGCUGCGACGUUCCCUCGCCUAUGUUAUGCGGGAGAAGCUUCGCUCCGAUGACACCGACUAUCGCCAGCAACAAUCUGUCCAGCUUCACGAAAGCGACGAACUGAAUGUGACGAAUUCUGAUUUAAAACAGGAGCGACCUAGGCCCAGGCCUUGUUCCACACAAGUCUCACCGACGAAUGGUCCAUUGCCUCCGCAGUUGAGGGCCAAGCUCUUGGCCGGUCAGUCCAACAGUGCUCACUGCCUGCCGACCGAGGCAAAUGGGACUGUAUUUGUCAUAGACAGCGAAUCGAAUGCGUUGUCACUUGGCCAAAAGUCGAAGUACCGAAAAUCCAGGGCUCCCACUCGAAACUCGCUAAAGAAGAGCCGUUCAUGUAAUUGCAAUAACGGUGCCAAAGUUCCAGGCCAUGGACAUAUGGCCAAUACCUCCAAUAAUAAUCUCAGCGAUCAGCAAUCGCCUCAUCAUGAGAGUUUCUUUCAGUCAGUGGGCAACUUUGUGCAACAUUCCAAUCUCUUUCAUCUCUUUCAACCGCAUGAGAAGGCAACUACGGCAACUGAAACUCCUAUACUGCCCACAUCCGAUCCUGCAGCGGUCACGCCCCUCGCCCCUGCUGUGGCCCCUCUAGUGGCCAGUGAGGAAUUCAUAUCGGCAUCAGCUCCAUCGACACCGUCCCAUAUUACAGCUGCCAGUGUCCAGAGUUGACCAGAGCCUCAGCCUCACAAUUAGGCAAAUACUCACAAAGUCAAAGCUUUUAUUUUAUGUUAGUAUCGCUAUCUCGUUGGCUCUCGCUUGAGUCUUAGGUUAUAGUCAAUUUCUUAGAUGCAGGAUUCUGAUUUUGAUUUAGAUUUCAGAUUUUAGGGCUAUAGCUAAACAUGUCUGCGUGUAUGUGUGUGUGUGUGUGUGUGCGUGCGUUCUUUGUAUGUAUAAGUGCAAUUCGAUCAGCCAAUUUAGUGAAAUUUGCGCAUUUAUUUUAAAUGUAAUUGUAAAUAAUUUGUUAAAUAGAAGUUUUAGUGUUAUUCCCAUAUAUGUAUAUGUAUGUAUA